GGCUCGCGUUUAUUGUCCUCGAUUGGAAAAUAUAUCGAUCUUUAAAACAUGGCGCCUUGUAGAUACAGCUGGUAUGUACAUAUCGGAGUUGUAACGUGUUAUUUAGUGAAGAGAGAACUGCUUUCACAUUUAGGUGCAUAGCUACACAUUAAUAAAAUAAAUGUUUUGAUAUGGAAGUAUUAAGUUAUAUGUGAUUUGUGAAGACAUUUUUCUGAUCGAUCAUCGAUCGUUGGGAAUGUAAAUCGGGUAAAUCAUCGAGCUGUAACAAUCGAUUAUUUAUGUUUCUUACAUGGAAAAGGACAUGUUGUGUUAAAUUGUACGACAGUAACAGCCAUUCUACAUAGACAGUUAUGUAAACAUGUGUCGUUUCAAAAACAGUUCAAUGACUAUGUUAUAGUGCGACAAAUCACCGACAAAUAAAUUAUUCACUGAAAACCAGCACGGCAGCUUAACCCGCAUGUUGGCACGGUGUCAAGGCACUGAAUCAAGCCUUUCGAGGAUAUGCGGUGAAACUUACAGGAACUGACCAAGGAGGCGUCGGCGAGCAACCACCCGUAUAAAUUGAACGAGGAUCUAUACCGACGUCACGUAAAUGGUGUGGAAUGCGAUCAAUUAUUGAUGACAACCCGGUGAUUUCCCUCGAGUAAUUGGCGCUUACGUGAAGCACUAGCAACACUUCUCGGUAUAUUACUGGUACAUAGCAGUUCUAUGCUAAAGCCGAUUCACGCCAAUUGUCGAUUUAAAUAUGUUGAUAGCUGUUCAGGCUAACACAAAACAACGCAAGGAUUACGGUACCGUUCGUGUUAAAACCUCCUUAAUUGAACUGAACUUUAACUAUCGAUUUUCUUACUGGUUCCAACCGGCGAAACAUGACUUUUAAGGCGUAAGAAAUUAUAACACGUUUACAACAAUUUUACAAAGCCAUCAAACAUAAAAUUACAUGGAGAACACGAACCCGGCUAACAACUCGACUUACUAGUUCAAGUAACGAAUAUUUCACUCGCCUUGGUCCUUUAAUUACCAGUGGAAGAUGGCGGACUCGGAUCUGUUCGCGCUUCUGGAGAUCAUGCUGCGGACGUUCGCGCACGUGCCCAUGGCCCCCAGGAUGAAGCCCGGGGGUUACCCGGAGGAGAUCUUUUUCACCCUCUCGGAGGAGGAGAAGGAGAGUCUGGAGUGCAGCAUAUGUUACCAAAUUCUGAAAGACGCCCGCCAGUGCGAGAACAAACACAAGUUCUGUCACUCCUGCAUUUACGUAUGGUCAACAUCCGGGAGCCCCGUGAACCACAGCCGCUGCCCCGUCUGCCGCGUGGAAGGCCUGUACAUGAGAAACGAGCAGAUCAACGCGAAAAUCAGCGAGUUGCUGGUGAAGUGUCAUCUAAAGACGUGUAAAUGGAAGGGACCUUUGAAAAGAUACGAGGAGCACCAACACAACACGUACCCGACGCACUCGCUCUCCUCCCUGGCGUCCACAUCUGACGAUUAUACAAGCGGACCUGACCUGCCCAACAUAAGAUCUUCUGGCGAGUCUCGACCAGGAUCUAGUGCGCGCGAACGCGCCAGGAUCGGUGUGCCUCAGGUUAGUUCACAGACAACAGAAUCCGCCUCAACAGCUGUUGCUGCUGCUUCUAGCACCUCCCGCGUAAAUCACUCACCGCGUCGAAAAUUGCGAUCAAACAGAAACACAAACAAUUCUUCAAACAACAACAGAUCCGGUUCAGUUAAUCAACGAACCACGAACUCUCUGGGACCGGAUAGCUCAACUCCUAAUGCCCGCGCACGCAGUCAGUCUAGGGUCGGGUCAUCCCAACGACGAUCUCAGGCACCGGGAACUUCUGGCACUGCGCCUACAAACGGUCGUCUGACAACACGAGCACGAAUAAGAAACGGUGUUCCGGAGUCAAACACUAAUAUAGACUCUCCAAGAGCGCUUAGUCAAUCAAUCCGCGAAACGUCGUUGCGAAGUAGCGCAGUCCCAGACGAGAACAGCGAUCCGAAUGUGCAGACGACAACACAACCACUACGUUCACCUCAUCCGCCUUCUACUCCGCGUGGAGGGAUUUUACGGCAGACGACAAACAGACGUCUUCCAGCGCUGCCCGAUCUCGUAAGCAUAGACACCAAUACGGAAUCGUCUGUACCAGUCACCAGUAGUACGGACAACAACAAUAAUUUUAACCAAUCCACAAUGCUCUCAGAAACGCCACGGGGUAUUGACAGGAGAGGUUACGUUCCUGACUACGUUCCUGAUUACGUAAGACGCGCCAACCAGACGCGCUCUUUUGGAACAAUACGCGAACGCUUGAACGAAAGCAGGCAAAGACUGGAUUCUCUUAUGACCACGUUCUCUUCGGAACUCAACAGAGGGCGCGAGGACCUGACCUCGUUCCAGGUGGAGCGGGAACGCCGACGACAAGAGCAGAUGUCAGAGGUUCGAGACCUGGGCAGACGACUUACUCAGGUUGCGAACGAACUGCGCGGUCUGCUCACGCAACGACGCGAGAUUCGCGCGCAAAUAGACACGCUUGCGGAUGUUGCUUCGGACGAUAUGGAUUAAAUGCCUUUCAAACGUUUUAUAACUUUUGUUUGCAUGUCGUAGUGAACCCACAAAGCAAGAUUCGCGUUUACAAAAUAACACGCGAAUUGCGUCCUAGACGAUAUGAAUUAAGCAGAUUUCAAAUACCGAAAGUGAAACCCCCGAGUCAUUGUAUUCGCUUUGAAAAAGGAAAUUCAAAAGUCAAGUGCCAUGACGAUACACAUUGAUGACGUCGAAGAAAUUUGCUCCUAUUCCAUGGCAAAGCUUCAUACGCUUGCCAUAGUGUAUGUCGAAUAGGUUGUCUCUGGUCUAAAUAAAAUCCUUUUGCAGAACUAAUCGCCAAUAUUGGCACUUUUUUAUUGUGUCACCUAGUUUAAUGGUGUAUAUCCCAUCAAAUCAUGUCGGAACUCACGUCAUUAUAUAUAUAUAUUUCCAGCCAACAAUAUGCAUUAUAUAAUGCACAAUAAUUAAAUAUGAAAAUAUAAUAUUGGAAGCGAAAACAACUUAUCGCAAGGCUUAACUGAUGUUUUUUUAAUUUUUAAUCUGGUACUUGCAUUUUCAUUUAAUUCAAAUGAGCUAUGCUCUGUGAACAAGGAAUUUAAUGCAUGUGCGUAAAGUGUCGUUCCAGAUUAGCCUGUGCAGUCCGAAUAGGCUAAUAUGGAACGACGCUUUUCGCCUAAGCUAGAUUGUUGCCAAGAAGAGACUUUCUUUAAACGAAAAAUACCAUAAAAUCGGAAAGUGCUGUCCCUGAUUAGCUUGUGCGGUUUGCACAGGCUAAUCUGUGACGACACUUUACGCACAUGUAUUUAACCCCCUUUUCGCAGAGCACGCUCCAUUUUAUUCAAUUAAACAUGUCGCAUGCCACGAAUAAAUCACAAAACUGUUAAACUAUAGCUCAAGAUGGCCUUCUAAAACUAUAGCUAAAGAUGGCCUACUAAAACUAUAGCUAAGAUGGCCUUGUAAAAAUGUCGCUGCAAGAUUGCAAUUGAAAGUACUGUGAUAUACUGACGUGAAAGUACUGUGAUAUACUGACUUCACUCAACACAAGUUAUAAAGCAUCUAUGAAAAGUGAAGGAUUUUCUUUGUGUUCUGUCGACCAAAAAAGGAAUAUGUGCUGUGUUAAUAUGUAUACAUUAUAACAGAAUUUAGUAUUUAAAUGUUUGUUAUGUAAUACAUAUACUUUUUGGUAUUGAAAGACGAAAUUAAUUUUUGCAUUCAAUGUUCCAUUGAGCAGUUGAAAGUCUUUUAUGUAGUUAGUUACAGUAUUUAGUCCAUGGUGCGUUAUAGCUUUUGCCUAGUACAUAUGUUUAGUACAAAGUAUAUACAGAUUGCGAUAUAUGCAACUUUCGAAGGAGAUAACAUGCAAAAACUUUGUAUAAAUAUCCCCAACAUAUCAGCGGAGUACAAUCAUUGGACUGUUGCGCGUUAGUGGCCCCUUAUGUUUUUCGGGGCAAUCGUGGAUACAACGACAGAAAGUAAUAUCAUCGUUUAUAGUGUAUAAUUUCCAAGGAUGCCAACAUGGGAAUAUAUUUUGUUGGAAAUAUCUGCUUAUUCAUCACUACGAUGCCUUUGUACUGUUUGUUUCGUAGUUUAUAUGCAACUGCUAAACAUGUCAGUUUACCGUGUGCAUAUACGUACUUCAUACUUGAUGUAAAAUUCAAAGGAUAUAUGAUGUAAACCUUUGGAAACUGUACAUACAUGACAAGAAUGGUAAACAAUUAACAUAUCACUAUACUAAUUCAAGCAAUGCAAUCACAUGUUAACUUUUUAGAAAUGUGUUUUUUUGCAAAAUAAAAUAUGUCUUCACUUAGAAGGCAUAUUGAAUGUGCUGUUGUUUUCAAAGUUGUAAAGCUUCACUGUACUAUUUUGAAAUUGCCUGAAUUGAGUUAAAAUACGUUAAAAGCAU